AUGCAGUCUAGAAAGUCCUUUGUCGAUGAGACCUUGGCAUUGCUUUGUUUCAAAGGUCUGCUUCAGCGUCUACAAGACAAAGAGGAUAUUGUUGUGGCGGAGGGAUAUGUGUUUGAAUUUGAGAGAAGAGGCUUGCUGAAAGCCGGAGCAUUUGUACCGGAAGUCGUCAUUGAAAGACCGGAUCUGGUGAAAGUUCUCCACGAAGAGUUUGUGAAUGCCGGAAGUGACGUCUGUUUAGCUUUCACGUACUACGGUCACAGAGAGAAACUCAGAGUUAUCGGCCGUGAAGGUGACCUUGAGAGGUUGAACAGAGAUGCUUUGCGGAUCGCGAAGCAGGUAGCAGACGACACCGGGACGUUAAUGGCGGGAAAUCUCUGCAACACGACGGUGUACAGGAAGGAUAACAAGGACGCCAUUGAGACGACGGAAGCCAUGUUUAAAGAACAGAUCGAGUGGGCGGUGGAGGAAGGCGCCGACUACAUUGUUGGAGAAACCUUCAGCGAGUUGGGAGAGGCUAUGCUUGCUCUCGAGUGUAUUAACAAAUAUGGAAAUGGACUACCAGCGGCCAUUAGCUUUAAUGCCCAUACAGUGGACAAAACGUCAGACGGUUUGGCUUUGGGUGUCGCCUGCCGCAGGCUAGAGGAUGCAGGAGCGGCGGCAGUUGGAUUAAACUGUGGGCGUGGUCCCAGGACGAUGCUGCCUCUCAUUAGAGAGAUCAGACAGGCCUGCAAGGGACCAGUUAUUGCAUUGCCGGUGACGUACCGCACAUGUUCAGAUCAUCCUACGUUCCAGUCGCUCAAAGAUCCACUGACAGGUGCCAGGGCGUUUCCGGUUGACCUUCCUGGGCAAGCGUGUGGGCGAAGUGAAAUCGCCGACUUUGCCCGAGAAGCCAAAUCCCUGGGCGUGCAGUACGUCGGACUAUGUUGUGGAAACGCUUCUCACUACAUCCGGGUGGUGGCGGAAGAAUACGGGCGUCGACCCCCCGCGAGUAGAUACUCCCCCGAUAUGUCCCAGCACUUUAUUUUCGGGAAGAACAAAAGCAGCGAGGAUCCUUACCAGCAGGCACUCAAGAAGAAAAUUGCAGGCAUAACAGGCUGAUGAAAGAGAAAACAAACUAUCACCAUUCUGUAACUAAGUUAAUUUGACAUUAAACCUUCUUGCUUGUUUA